UUGAUUACCGAUGGAAUUCUAUAGACCUAAACCCGACUGAAAAACAAAGUCACUAAUGAAGCACGGUACAUCGAAACAUCCCAGCAUUUAACGAUUAUUGAUCAUUCCAGAGACAUGUUUAUACCGAAAAUAACAAAAAUAUGUUUAACAGACAGCUCUGAUGGCCUCUUCAUUCAGUGGACAGUUCCUCCAUCACCAACGAUCAUACUGGGCUACAUUUUGGCCUUCAGAAGAAGUGACCUUGACCUUGCUUACAGCAGUUGCACCUUAAUAGGUGCUCAUGUAUCAAGUCAUGUCAUUGCAAUGUCACGUGCAAGUCAACGAUACGAUGUGAAGAUAUCUGCAUUCACAAAUCGUGAAUUUGGAGAUUUUUCCGAUCCGAUCACGUGGUGUUCCUCGGACUGCCAGUUCCCUCGUCGCCAAAACUUGCUACCAAUCCCAACCAUCACAAAAAUCGUGUCUGCCCACGGUGGACACUCCAUACAUGUAUUAUGGAAGAUUCCAGUAGAUGUGUCGAGUUUGAUUGUAGAAAACUUUUUGAUUCUGUAUAAGCGAUGUGGACUUGACACCGAAUUUAAAGAGAAACUUGUUCCAGGAAGUGAGGUAACAAAUCACGUGAUCGUUGGACUGAGUGAAUGUACACUGUACGAAGUCAGAGUAGCAGCAUGUACCUCUCGACUCCGUGGAGGUUGUUCAGCUCCUGCAAUGUUGAGGACUGGUGUGACCAAACCAGACGCUGUCAAGCUGAAAACCUCUAGAGGUCCUGAUUUCAAGCCCAGAAUAAUAAAACUGUAUGAAGCAAUGACAGACAAACGAAAGCUACACAUUGCAUGGAAGAGUCCAGAUCACGUGACCUACCCACCAGUUGACGGAUAUAUCAUUGCAAUAAGAAAGACGUCGAGUUACAAUGUACCAUAUACCAAGCAUUACGUCAGAGAUGCCCAGAGAUGCAGUCACGUGGUUGAUGAUAUUCACGAACAAUAUCCGUAUGAGGUCAAAAUGGCAGCAUUCAAUGCUUUUGGGGAAGGAAAAUAUACAAGAACCAUAGUUGUUGGUAACAACACAAUGAAAUCCGAAGUCCGUGUUCCAAAGACACUGCCUAAGAAACUCAGGAAAUUAUUUCCAGGAUAUUUCAAUGAAGAUGUCACGUGAUCAAUAAAGUGUUGAAAUGCCAA